UACUAUGAGUCACUCACUAAAGUCACUCAGUAAAGCAAACACCUCAUUGAGAUGGUUAUUCUGUUGCUUUUUCCACGGGGCUGAUUCAUACAAACGCAGUUAGAGUAACAGUUGCACAUUGACUGCAAUGUUACCAGCGUUCCUUAUUAUGCAUAUUUAGCUAGUGGCAGUUGGCAGCAGGGUAAGUGAACGCGUUAACAGAGACGACUACUCGCGAGUCCCGGUUCAGUAAAAAACACUCGUGAACUACGAACGACUCGGUCAAUACUCGACCAUUUCUAGUUCAUGUAAACCUGCUGGAGCAUUUAACUUGAAAUGAAUCCCAAAGUGAACAAGGACGACGACUGUGUGUUUCUGGAGCAAGUUUUGGACACAUUGUACGACUUUGGAAGUGGAACCAGAUCGAAAACUAGGAAGAAAAAGCAAAAAAGUUGCGAGGAAGAGGAGGUGCCAGAAGGUGAUGUAAAUGUCUGCGGUGUCGUAGAGGAACAUCCCUCAGAGAUGAACAACACUGUACAGUGUGACGCUACCAUCAAGCCAGUAAGGCAGGUUGAGGUUGUGACCUUCCAGGAUCCUUCAAAGAAAAAAAAAAAGACUAAAGAGAGCCCAGCAGCUGAUGGCACGUCUCUGCCACAGACAUCAGAGAAGAAGCAAAUUGGUCCACAUGGUGAUCUGGAUUUGGAGAAGGCUCGCCUGGAGGUGCAUCGCUUCGGAAUCACGGGCUACAAAAAGGAGCAACAGCGUGUUUUUGAGCAGGAGCGUGCCAUCAUGUUGGGAGCCCAUCCCCCAACAAAGGACUACGUCAACUACAAGGUGCUGCAGCAGCAAAUAAAAGACAAGAAGAAGAAGGCGAGAGAGGAGGCCCAGCCGGAUCUGAAGAGAAAAAAGAAGAGUCAAAGCAGGGACAAGAAGACCACAUCGGGUUCUUCGUCGGCUCCCACGGGACAGGUGGGCCGCUUCAAAAAUGGCAUGCUGAUCCUCAGCCCCAAGGAGAUCCAGACCAUCAAGGGCAAAAGGGGAGGCAAAUAAGUGUUGGUCACGGAGAGGAAGAACAACAGACACGUUCACCCUGCUGUGACUAGCGUGACUGUGUGAAACAUCUCAUUAGGACGAUGAUGGCGUAAACGCCCCGCCACUCACCUAAACCCAGGUGAGAUGGCAUCUGACACGGACAACAAUGGGGGGGGAACACUGGAUACACGUCACAGUGGGAGCCUGACAUCCAGACUCAAGCUCGUUUUACCCCUCAUCUGUUUUUAAAUACACUCACCUCAGUGGCUAUGAUGAAUCUAUGGCUCUGAUGAAUCAUCAUCACAAUAUGGAAAAUGGAGACAAACAAGUGUGACUAACAUGCUAAAGACUCAACGAACAUUAUGUGUGGACUCCUAUUCCACAGUGGAUGCUGUUUCAAGCUUUAUCAUGGACAUUGGAGGUGAUGUCAGUGCACCACGACAGACACGUUUGUCAUCACAGGUCAUUUAUUUCUGUUUUACAAAGGACCAAAAAGAAAACGUGUGUGUGCGUGUGCGUGCACGCACGGUGUUUGUUCAUUAAAUGAUGCUCAUAUAGAAA